GGUAACAAGGAUGGUCUGGGUAGAGAUUGCCUCAGAAAACCAGAGCAGAAGCUGCCAGAGUGCUAUGGCGUGGGUGACCCCGGUGCCAUGUUCUUCUCCGGGAGCUCCCAGUUGUCCUCCAGAGGAAGAGUCAUUAAGUGGUUCUGGGACUCAGCUGAGGAGGGCUACAGGACAUACCACAUGGAUGAGUAUGAUGAGGAGAAGAAUCCCAGUGGCAUCAUUAACUUGGGCACCAGUGAGAACAAACUCUGCUUUGACCUGCUCUCCAGGCGACUGAGCCAGAGUGACAUGCUGCGGGUGGAGCCGGCCCUGCUGCAGUACCCCGACUGGAGGGGACACCUGUUCCUCCGGGAGGAAGUGGCCAAGUUCCUGUCUUUCUACUGCAAGAGCCCAGCAACCCUGAAACCGGAGAAUGUGGUGGUCCUGAAUGGCUGCGCCUCUCUCUUCUCAGCCCUGGCCACUGUGCUGUGUGAGGUCGGGGAGGCUUUCUUGAUCCCUGCCCCUUACUAUGGAGCCAUCACACAGCACGUCUACCUUUAUGGCAAUGUCCGGCUGGUCUGUGUUUAUCUGGACAGUGAGGUCACUGGGAUGGACAAACGCCCCUUUCAGCUCACUGUGGAGAAGCUGGAGACGGCCCUGGAAGGAGCUCGUGCCGAGGGUGUGAAGGUGAAAGGCCUCAUCCUCAUCAACCCGCAUAACCCUCUCGGUGACGUCUACUCCCCCGGAGAGCUGCAGGCGUUUCUGGAAUUUGCCAAGCGACACGAGCUGCACGUGAUGGUGGAUGAGGUGUACAUGCUGUCGGUGUUUGAGGCGUCGGUUGGGUACCGCAGCGUCCUGAGCCUGGAAAGGUUGCCUGACCCCCAGAGGACCCACGUGAUGUGGGCGACCAGCAAGGACUUUGGGAUGUCAGGGCUCCGCUUCGGGACACUGUACACAGAAAACCAGGACGUGGCCACCGCCGUGGCUUCCCUUUGCCGCUAUCACGGCCUCAGUGGCUUGGUCCAAUACCAGAUGGCGCAGCUGCUUCAGGACCAUGGCAAGGAGAAUGAGGAGCAGGCAAGACAAAAUGGCGCUAACAGCUGGGAAAAAAGAAAAGCCACAAUAUCAAGUGUUGAAUGGAUCAGCCAGGUGUAUCUGCCAGAAAACCAUGCCCGGCUCAAGGCUGCCCACACCUACAUAUCAGGAGAGCUUGAGGCGCUGGGGAUUCCCUUCUUGAGUCGUGGGGCUGGCUUCUUCAUCUGGGUUGACUUGAGGCAGUACCUUCCUGAGGGCACCUUCGCGGAGGAACUGCUGCUUUGGCGCCGGUUUUUGGACAACAAGGUGCUGCUGUUGUCCGGCAAGGCGUUCGAGUGUCAGGAGCCCGGCUGGUUCCGCCUGGUCUUCUCAGACAAGCCCCACCGGCUUCGCCUGGGCAUGCAGAGGAUCCGCCAGGUGCUUGAGGGCAUAUCCCAGGUGGCAAAAGAUGCCCCUUCCUGCCACACCCAGGAGCCAGGUGACCAGCGCAGGUGAGCUGGUUGUUGUCUUUUGGCCACAAGUCUUCCAGCCCACCAGAGCCUUUGGGGCUGUCAAGAUUGGUGGUGAUAAGCCGCUGGCCAGAAAGAUGCCCGGUGGCCUCGACUUUGAAGAACUGAUGUCUGCCUCUCUGCGUAGCAGUGCCUUAAGUUCUGGUUUGCCUGGCCCAUCCUUCACCCUCUCUAUUAAAUGAAACUAGAGAAACUGGGACGCUCUGUUGUGAGUAAUUUACAGACUGGAGGAGUCGUGUCUGCUCCUACACACAACCCACAGUCCCCCCAGGAUGCAAACAGCACACAUAACAACCUGUACCUUCUUUUUGAGAGCACGUUUCUUCCUUUGUUGCUCAGGAAACACGUCAAAGGAACAACUCAUAUAAUAUAAAAGAGUGUAGCCUCAAAAAGCCAAAGAUGCGAUAAUUUCCAAGCUGCAAGGUGAAAGGAGUUGAUGUCUGCACGGUCAGAUUGCUCUCCCACACUUAGGAUGCGUGUGUCCCAACACACCUGGGAUAGACCCCUGCGUGGGGUGAGGGGGACAGACCCCAGCAGGGGUCGAGAGGGGUGUCACUGU